AAAUAUAAUUGUUCAACAAGAUGUCUCUCUGGAUACUUGUUUAUUUCAUAAUAAAUCAAUGCAAAGGGCUUGGCAUGCCAGUAAUAGGUCCGUUGACCACUACAUCAACAUGCAGAGAAUGCAUCCUUUUCAAGACAGAAGAAACACUUGCAAAAGUGUAUUGCAUUACCGACGGAGAAUACAACGAUGCUAAUGUGACGUUUAAAAUCGGAUUUAUUGCGUUCACUUUAGUCCGUCAGUCGCCGACAAAUUUUGGGUUACAGUCAAGAGAAAGGCCGUCCGAUGAUAUGCAUGGACUGAAUGCAGUUUGUACAGUUUCUGGGAUAUCCCGGAAUAUGUCAGUGGAAGCACAAAUUUUUGUUGUCGAAAUCCCUGAGGGCCCACCAUUUCUUUCGGCGAGUCCAGUGCUUCUGGAAGGAGAAGAAGUCGAUAUAACUUGCACAUCAUCGAAAGCAAGACCGACACCACGGCUGAAAUUGUUUGUUGAGAAAUCUGAAAUUGAUACUAAUGUAUCGUCUGAAUUUGACAACAAAACAGGGUUUAACUUAUUCAAAUCUGUUUUGAAAUUGCAUACCUUUCAAAAGGAGUGGGGAAAUAAGAAAAUGUGGUGUCAACAGCUUCCUGAUGUCGAUAACUUAUAUACAAACACAUAUAUGUCGAACAUUUUACGUGUGGAAUACAAAUAUCCCCCAUCGCGACUGAAUCUUAACAUUAUUGAUCAAGGCAACCCAUCAAAAGAAUUAGCUGUCCGUUGUUCUGCGUUAGACUCUUAUCCCGGGUGUAAUAUAGCAUGGGAAUCAAGUAUUGAAAACUUCAAGUAUUCUUUACAUCAAUACUUUACGUUUAAGCACACAUCGAUUUCAACGAUCCAUUUCAACGUUACUGAUGCCGAUUUUGGAAAGCAAAUAACAUGUUGGACUGAAUGUCCAGAUUUUUUAAACUCUUUAUCAAACUCAACAAGUGUAAAAUUUGCAAAAAUGCCGAAAAUUGUAGUCUAUUCAUCGUCUGUUUUACCCGUUCCAACUAACACCCACUUAGCUCUCACCUGUGCUGCAAAUGCCUUUCCUUAUGGAAAUAUCACCUGGUCUACUACUCUAUUGUCGAAUGAAAAGCUGUGCUUUGAUUCAUCAACAUGCACUUAUGAAAUGACUACAUCUGACGUUGAACAGGAGUAUUUGUGCAUUGCGGAGAACAAGCAUGGCAGUGACAGAGGGUCCAUAAUUGUCACUAUUGAUAAGGGAGAACCAAGACAAAGCGGAAGAGGAAGUUUUCUGUGGAUACUGCUAUCUGGAAUAAUCGUUGUCGCUCUAGGAAUUAUUGUUCUGGUUGUGUGCGUCUUUCGUAAGCGCUGGUGUCGAGGAAAUACAUUGUACGAGGAUGUUAAUAUUCGUCAAGAUGGCAACCAUACGUACCAAGACAUUGCAGUCCCUUCUCCGAAUAGGCCUCAUGAGGUAGACGCAACGUUGUCUCCUGGAAUUUAUAAUGAGAUUGAUGAAAACAUCCCGUCUACAGUACAGGCGGGAACUAAUCUGACAACAAGUGCGACUGAAAAUAGGCAAUGCCUGAUCGAAAGUAGUAACCCGUACUCUAAUAUAAGCCAAAGAAUCCCAACAGGGUCACAGGUGACUGAAAUGACACGUUACUUCUCAGAGUCAAACAAUCCAGGAAGUGUUAUGGGGGAUUCAAACUCAGAAGGAGGUGAAGGUUACUUACAUGUGAUUUAUAGGUUACAUCUUAAGUAAAUGAAGGGCUAGUUUUUUAUUCUUUGGAAAACAUAAAUUAAUUCAACACAUGAAGUUGGCGUUACUAACUAUAGAGCUAUUACAAUUUAUAUAGUAUGAUAAGAUUACCGAAACAAUUCCGACAACGACAUAGAUAACGAGUAACUUUUCAUAGCCAAACAAUCCAGACAAUGUCAUGGAGAAACACACGCAGAAGGGGGAAAUGUAACGUAGAUGUCUUUCAUAGAACAAGAAAAUGGUCGGUAUGAGAGUGUGAUUUUAUAAAAAGAAACUUGAAGCCAAGCAAUUUGUCAACACAAACUGUUUUGUUCGAUUAGAUAAAAACCGUUGAAUAACAAUACCAUAUCUGCCUUGUUUACGAACAAUGAAGCAUACAAUAUAUCGACGAGUCGGCAUUUAAUGUUAAGUAUUUGUCUCCGAAGCAGUUGUCCAGUUGUAGUAUUAAACACUUUUAUGGUGAUGGCUAUUGUUAUUGUAGAAACCUGGAGUGUUGACAAAACAAACUCGUUGCUUAA